AUGCCCCCCAGCACACACAUGAAGGGCGAGGCUGCCAUAGUUGUUGAAGUGGCUUCUCUUCCAUCUGCCACUGCUCUGACUUUGGGUGUGAAUUGGAGAAAGACAACGGAGGCCAGGUGCUCCAGAAAACAGGGAUGCCCUCAGGCCCGCGUGCCCUUGCUUUGGUGGACUUCCUGCUGCUCCCGUCCAGUGGAAGGGGGCAGUUAUCUCUUUGGAGGACUGUUUACAAACUCCCCAUUUUCUCUUCUUUCUCCUGCCCAAUGGCUGUGCUUCGGCACACAUUUAGGUCAUGUGCAGAGCGUAUCUCGCCUCCAGUGGGAGGGAAGUGUACAGGAAAGCCUGCGGAGUGUGAGAAACUCCAGGUGUGCUCUCCCCAUGCUCUCCGCUCCGUGCAGCCUCUCACUCCACUUUCUUUUAUUUUCUCUUUCCCCCCUUUUUUUUUUUUUUGAUAGAGUCUUGCUCUAUCGCCAGGCUGGAGUGCAGUGGUGCUAUCUCGGCUAACUGCAACCUCUGCCUCCCGGGUUCAAGCAAUUCUCCUGCCUCAGCUACCCGAGUAGCUGGGACUACAGGCGCCCGCCACCACGCCAGGCUAAUUUUUGUAUUUUUAGUAUAGACGGGGUUUCACCAUGUUGGCCAAGAUGGUCUUUAUCUCUUGACCUCGUGAUCCGCCCGCCUCAGCCUCCCGAGGUGCUGGGAUUACAGGUGUAAACCACUGUGCUGGCAUUUUUUUUUUUUU